CGAACCAAGCAAUCAGAAUAUGCGUAAGUCGAAUUGAACCUAUUUUCUCAUUAUCAUUAUUUCCUUUUUUUUUUUUUUUUUCCUUUCUUAUUUUUGCUUAUUUCUUUUCGGUUUUUUUUUUGUUUCUUUUUUUUUAAAGGUUAUUUUGUUAUUUUGGCCCCUGGGGGUGUUUCCUUCGACGGACGUACCCUUCGGUAAUCUAGAGACGUACAUGAUUACAGUGUCGUAGUAUUCAUUUCUCGAGCCUUGUCUUCGUGUCGAGUGACUUGACUGAAUGCGUCUGUCUCUGUAUCUUUCUGUCUGCCCACACUCGUUUGCUGCCUUACAAAACGAUUCAUACUUGGAGCCUGGAGCUCUUGGUAGUCAGUCUACAUCUCCACACACCUCUUAAGACCUAGUGAAUAUACUUACUGAUGCGACCUUUAGCGAAUCCACAAGCACAACAGACACAGCCUAUACAUGGCACCACCAGUCACGUUGAUUCCCAUUCCCCGCACCCCACACACCGGGGCGACCAGGAUAAUAAAACACCACCAACCAGUACUGUUCCUGUAACCAGAAGACUUUCCCUCUCCUCACCCAAGAUGCUCCUUUCAGAUUUGUACAAGUCGACUAAAGCGCCUCUCUCAAAAUGGAGGCACUCACAUAUCAUCACUACUACACCUCCAGAUUAUGACCCCGAUCUUGUUAGCCGAGAUAAGACCAAGCAGAAAGAUGCCGUUAAACGUAUUCUAGCAGGGAAGAUACGAAAUGAUUGGUCUUUCGAAUGGCCACCAACUUCUAUGAAGGCACAUUCGACGGAGAAUGUUAUUAGGACAGACGUACCUGAAAUUCAUGAGGAUGUUGUUAUAGAUGGAACUGAGUCUGAGGAUGAUGAUGAUGCUGUUUCCACCUACAGCACCGUUUCGGAGGACCUCACUCAUUAUCGACCUCGAUCUGAAUGGUUGUCAGAUAUGCCCGACGACGAUGAGGAUGAUAACAUCCCAGGAUCACCUUCGGCUUAUCGUUUCGACAACCCGGAUGCUGUUGGCGUUUCAGUGAAGGCGGCAGCUAUCGCUAAAAGCGCCAAGCGGAGGAGAGACUUGCGCUCUGAGAUGGAGUGGAACAAAGGGCUAGCUUGUUUUAACGCUCGGCGAGACGCAUGGACGGGUGCCAAGGCGGCUCGUGUUCGCCCAAAGGUGGUACCUCCAACUCCCACAUCUCCCGCAGCGAAACGAAUCUCUUGGUGGCAUGUUUCGGUUGCGUCGACGCCUUCUUCGCCUACUGAGUCAACCAACGUGACCAUGCCUCUUAGUCCCAUUGCUACGCGCACAUCUGGCGACACUACUGUCGCGACCUCAUCAGACACGGAGUACAGAGACUCUAGAGUAAAGGAGGAUACGUCUGCUUAUCCAGUGGAAACUCUCAUUCCGAUUCCUGAACCUCUUUUACCUGCUGUUACUCCUAUGCGUACCUCUAUUACCCCGGCUGCAUACCCUACUAUUUACGAUAAGAUCGUGUUGCAAUCAGCGACACCUUCAUGCCCUAUAAAUUUGAGUGAUGUGGUCCGAUCUUGUGUAACCGGUUGGAGACGAGAUGGCGAAUGGCCUCCUCGAUCUAUGGAACCACCCCCUGUGGUGGCGGUCCGCAGAAAGAAGAAGGAAAGCAGCCCGGAUAGUAAGAAUCAUAACAAGAGAAUCAGCAUUAAUUUUCUUGGGCGCAGGUUAAGCGUGGGGGCCGAGCCCAGUAGCCCCGUGGUUGAAAGCACACCACACCACCCGGAGAAAGAAGAGCCUUGUCCUAUGUCGACGAAUAAAGCUUUCAGGAAAAGCUUGCAACGAGUCCUAGGACUUAAUCACGAGAGUAGCCAUAGAGCUGUUGCUCUAUAACGUGGCUAGAUCAAUGGGAAAUGAACAAAUUCAUUUAGGAAGCCUGGGGGACGACGAAAGGCCAAGAGGAAACGAAAUCAGUUGGUCGAUUCACGACGUUACCUUUCCAGACUGCCAGGAGGUGUUGGAGUCUCGGCAUUUAGGCAUAUACCCAAAGCAUCGUUUCUGGCGUUUUAUUAUUUCAACAUUACUUACCUCUUACGUCGAAUGCCUACUGUUGUAGGUGUGUACAUAGCUACUAUACUAUACUGACACUACUAGUCCAGAAUGAGAAUCCACAGAUCCGUUUAUUCCUUUGUUUUCAAUGUGUACGUGUUUUGCGGCUAUGCUAUUUCCACAAUGCCAUUGUUAUGCCCUGGGAUUCGUGAUAGCCUAUCUAACUACGUCAUUGCUGGAGAUAUGUAUUACUUGUGGUACCUGAAUGGUGGAACCUCUGGUUUUACUCCGAUAUUGCUUGGCAGUAGUCUCAGCUUAGAAGGUGGAAACUAAAGUGGCCACUGUUGAUGACAACGAUUUUACUCGGUAUCGUGGUAUACGAAUGAACCAUUGAGAUGCUUCACUUGCCUAUUGUCGAUAAGUUGAGGUGUCUUUUCGGUGGUAUUAGUAUAGCAAAUUGGCAUACGCAACCCAUACGCCACAACAAAAAGGUGACACUGACGAUCGGGGCCACUCUUACUCCAGACAUGCCCA